AUGGCUACGGUGGAAGGGCGGCCGGCGCAAUAUGGCGUCACCCUUCGGCAGCUGCGCGAGCUUAUGGAAUCUCGCGGGGCCGAGGGGCUAGCCAAGAUCAACGCGCUCGGCGGGCCACAGGACUUAUGCAAGAAGCUGUACACAUCGCCCACAGAUGGUCUUAGCGGUUCGAAAGCUGACCUGCAGCAUAGGCGAGAAGUGUUCGGUUCCAACCUCAUCCCUCCGAAGCCUCCGAAGACCUUCCUAACACUGGUAUGGGAGGCUCUGCAGGACGUCACGCUCAUCAUAUUGGAAGUGGCCGCUGUUGUUUCCCUUGGCUUGAGUUUUUACAAACCGUCCGAAGACGCCAGCGAUAUUGACGACCCUGCACAUCUGGACGAAGAAGAAGGACAUUACCAAUGGAUCGAGGGUCUGGCUAUUUUAAUAUCUGUCAUAGUUGUCGUUAUAGUCACCGCGUUCAAUGAUUACACGAAAGAAAGGCAAUUCAGAGGGCUACAGUCAAGGAUAGAAGGUGAACAUAAGUUUGCUGUGAUACGCGGAGGUGAGGUGAAUCAGGUGCCGAUAAGUGAGAUCGUUGUGGGCGAUAUAUGUCAGAUCAAGUACGGUGACCUGCUGCCCACUGACGGUGUACUGCUGCAGAGUAACGACCUGAAGAUCGACGAGUCAUCUCUGACGGGUGAAUCGGACCAUGUUAAGAAGGGAGAAUCUUUUGAUCCCAUGGUGCUAUCUGGUACACACGUUAUGGAAGGCUCCGGUAAGAUGUUAGUGACAGCGGUUGGUGUGAACUCCCAAGCUGGUAUCAUCUUGACGCUCCUUGGCGCAGCUGAGACGAAGGAGAAACAACAGAAGAAAGAGUCUAAAAAACAACAAAGGAAAGAACCUCGCAAGAGUAUUCCAGGGGAUGAAGAACCGGCAUCAGGUAAUAGCCACAACCACGCGAGGGUUGACGACAACCACGUGCCGCCCGCUGAUAAACCAGCCCCCGAGAGCAGCCACAAAAAGGAGAAGUCUGUACUGCAAGCUAAACUAACCAAACUCGCGAUCCAGAUUGGUUACGCGGGUUCAACGAUAGCCGUGCUGACCGUGAUCAUUCUAGUGAUUCAGUUCUGUGUCCAGACGUUUGUGAUAGAAGGCAGGGAGUGGAAGGCUACAUACAUCAACAACCUGGUUAAACAUCUUAUUAUUGGUGUCACUGUACUUGUGGUUGCCGUGCCUGAAGGGUUGCCGUUAGCCGUCACUCUAUCGCUAGCUUAUUCCGUUAAGAAAAUGAUGAAAGACAACAACUUGGUCCGUCAUUUAGACGCCUGUGAGACAAUGGGUAACGCCACUGCCAUUUGUUCCGAUAAGACUGGUACAUUAACCACAAACCGUAUGACAGUCGUACAAUCGUAUAUAUGUGAAAAGUUAUGCAAGGUUACGCCGAAUUAUAGAGAUAUACCGCAAGACGUCGCCGAAACUAUGAUAGAAGGGAUAUCUGUUAAUAGCGCUUUCACUUCUAGAGUACUUCCAUCCUUAGAGCCGGGCGGUCCACCAACUCAAGUCGGUAAUAAAACUGAAUGCGCUUUAUUGGGUUUCGUCGUGGGACUUGGUCAGAGCUACGAAACCGUAAGGGAGAGACACCCAGAAGAAUCCUUUACAAGAGUAUACACCUUCAAUUCCGUUCGCAAGAGCAUGUCCACUGUCAUACCCUACAAGGGAGGUUACAGAUUGUACACUAAGGGUGCUUCGGAAAUCGUUUUAAAGAAAUGUUCAUUCAUCUAUGGUCAUGAAGGUAGACUUGAAAAGUUCACCCGCGAUAUGCAGGACCGUUUGGUGAGACAGGUCAUUGAACCCAUGGCGUGUGACGGUCUACGUACGAUCUCCGUCGCAUACAGAGACUUUGUUCCAGGAAAAGCUGACAUUAACCAGGUGCACAUAGACCAAGAGCCUAACUGGGAUGAUGAAGAUAACAUCGUUAACAACUUGACCUGUCUCUGUGUAGUCGGUAUUGAAGAUCCUGUGAGACCAGAGGUACCCGAAGCUAUCAAGAAGUGUCAGAAAGCUGGUAUCACUGUAAGAAUGGUUACCGGUGAUAAUGUGAAUACCGCUAGGUCUAUAGCCAUUAAAUGUGGAAUAUUGAAACCCACGGACGACUUCCUCAUACUAGAGGGCAAGGAAUUCAACAGGCGGAUCAGAGAUGCUAAUGGAGAGGUCCAACAACACUUAGUCGACAAAGUAUGGCCGAAGCUUCGCGUGUUGGCUCGUUCGUCCCCAACAGAUAAAUACACACUGGUCAAAGGAAUGAUAGAAUCUAAGGCUUUCGACACACGGGAAGUAGUGGCUGUGACAGGAGACGGAACUAACGACGGACCUGCUUUGAAGAAGGCUGAUGUUGGGUUUGCUAUGGGUAUCGCUGGUACGGACGUCGCUAAAGAAGCGUCGGAUAUCAUCCUAACAGACGACAACUUCUCAUCUAUCGUGAAGGCUGUGAUGUGGGGACGUAACGUGUAUGACUCCAUCGCUAAAUUCUUGCAAUUCCAAUUGACUGUUAAUGUCGUUGCCGUAAUUGUUGCGUUCAUAGGAGCCUGCGCUAUUCAGGACAGCCCUCUUAAGGCUGUCCAAAUGUUAUGGGUGAAUUUGAUCAUGGACACGUUAGCGUCCCUGGCUUUGGCUACUGAGUUACCUACCCCUGACUUACUGCAAAGGAAGCCUUACGGACGAACCAAACCCCUCAUUAGCAGAACAAUGAUGAAGAACAUACUCGGGCAAGCAGUGUAUCAGCUGUUCAUUAUAUUUACACUGUUAUUCGUGGGCGACCGUCUCCUCAACAUCCCGUCCGGUCGCGGCCAGCAGCUAGGCGCCGAGCCGUCCGCCCACUUCACGAUCAUCUUCAACACGUUCGUCAUGAUGACUCUGUUCAACGAGAUCAACGCGCGCAAGAUACACGGACAACGGAACGUGUUCCAGGGACUAUUCACCAACCCGAUCUUCUAUUCUAUAUGGAUAGGGACCGCGCUAUCACAGGUUGUCAUCAUUCAAUUCGGCGGCAUGGCCUUCAGUACAGCUGGUCUCACGAUAGAUCAGUGGUUGUGGUGUUUGUUCUUUGGAGCUGGUACACUUGUAUGGGCACAACUCGUCACUACCAUACCUACAAGGAAGAUACCCAAGAAACUAUCCUGGGGCCGCGGACAACCGGACGCGGAGACGCUGCCCACAGGUCCCGACUACGACUCCGACCUCGACAAGAAGCCUCGCGCCGGGCAGAUAUUGUGGAUAAGGGGUCUCACGCGCCUGCAGACGCAGGUAUGUACACGGCUGGCUUUGAGGGGCUUCACCGGUCUCGCGGACCGACGACAGCUCGGUCUCACAGACCGGGCUCCGUGCGGUCCCACAGACCGGGCUACAUGUGGUCUCAGAGACCGGACUAUAGACAGUCCCAUAUCUGGGUGGAGCGGUUGUAAAGCUAGGGCUGCGUGGCAAAUAGGACGGUGUCGAAUGGGGCGAGCCGCGCGUCGUAGAGAGAUGUUGUUGGCAGCCCCGGCCGGUGUUGGAGACGGAGGUGUAGUGGCGGCCGCGGCGGCUGACGGCGCGCUGCGUGCGACGGACGCUCACGGUACACUCCCCCUAGCCCUAGCCCUAGCGACUAGCGACUGGCGCCUAGCGCCUAGUGACUAG